UUUUUUAUUUAUGUUAAAUAAACAUUAAGUAUAUUUAGGAGAUAAACAAGAGGUUAACAAGGAAAUCUAAAAACUAUCUCAAUCAUCAAAGGCAUAAUAAUUAGUUUCAUCUAAUUUAAUAGAGGAUCCAUCAUUAUAUGAUUAUGAUGGAUUUGUCUCAAAAAAGAACAAAAGCGAAAAAGCAAUUGUUAUACAAAAGCAGACUGAAGACAAAAAAUAAAAGCAGCCACAAUUCUUAAAUUCUAUACUUGAAUAAUCAAAAAGAAGAGAAUUUGAAAGAGAGGCAAUAAAAUCUAGAAUGAAUGCUAAAGAAGUUAUUAAAUCAGGAAAAGAAGUCUACAUUUCUGAAUCGUAUUAAAUUAUGUUAUUCUUAGAUUUAAAAAGCAACAUGAACAAAUUAAGAGAUUUGAGCAAAUUGAAUAAAUUUAAGAGAAAAUAAAUGAUGAAAGUAGGAAGAGAAGCAACCUAGGAAUUUACAAAUCUCUGUAUGAAAGUGAAACUUAAAAGGGAUAACACUCAAAAACAUAGGAAGCCUAAGUUGAUUCGUAUAAGAUAAUAGAGAAUAUUUUAAUAGGGAAUGAGAAAUAGAAAAAUAAUUCUUAAGCUAUUGCUAAGCAAUAAGAAGAUCUGUAAGACAAGUCAGAAAAAGAAGAGAUAUAGGAAAACAAGGAACCCAUCAAUAAUGAAUUGAAAAAUGCUCAAAUUUCUAAGUCUAGAUCAAGAUCCAGAUCAAAAUCAAUUAAAGAGUCAAAGCAAUAAGAAAAUGAGGCUUUGACAAAAGAGGAUAAACUCAAAUAAUACAAGGAACGUUACUUAUAAAGAAAAUAAUUAUGAGAUUUACAUAUAUAAAUUUAAUUUAUUAAAUAUAGUGAUGUCUUAAUAGCAAGAUCAGCCAAGUGCUAAGAAACGUAUCAGAAGAUGUACAAAACAUGAUCAAGAUCCACGACCAUAUAAAUGUGGUUGUGGACGUGGCUAUUAUAGUUAUCCAGCAUUAUAUACUCACUUGAAGUAUUUAAUUUUUCGAUGUCAGAAUUAAACAUGAAGGCCAACCUCCUACUGGCACAUAGAUACCAAGUGAUAAGCAUUAUGGUAGUAGAGGAAGACCGAGAGAAAAGAAUACAAAAUGUGAUGAAGAAAGCAAGCAUCAAGUGUUUAUUGAUGAAGAAAAAAGGGAAGAUAAUAAGAAGGAUGAAAAAAUUACACCAAAUUAAUGAAAUCUGAAGAGAGC